AUUACUGGCGCAAGCAUGACAUCUCCGGCUGUUCUCAACUCUGACCGCGAGGUCCCAGCCGUUUCUGGCCUUCUAGACGCUACCGAAGAACCUCCAGUGGUGCUUGCCAACAGCGACAGAUAUGUGUCUACCCAUGAGGACACUGGCAUGGCGACAGACGGCGCAUGCAUCGACAGACUGGAAACUAAUGUCGCUGGUUUCUAUAUCAGCAACGGAUCUGCUACGGAAAGCACCGCCGUGGAGAUCCGGUUACCUUGCACCGAGAAAUCUUCAGCGAAAACCCAAUUCAGCACUUCAGGCACGAAUUUCAACAGUUUUCAAGCACCCGGACCGAACGGCAUCUCGAACUCGGCUCUGUCCGAGCCUGGAAAAAUCACCCCCAAUCAGGCAAUGCAAACAUCCACCUCCAUCACCCGCCGCCACAUGAAUCACACUGAGGACAAGAAACUCGACCUGAAACCGACCUCCAGAGCGGUCAUAAGCACUGAGCCUGUAGGAAUUUACUAUCCGCCACGUCGCCUGAACAUCUUCAGGGCGCGCGCAAAAAACCUACGGUUUACCGAACGUGACCGCAACCCGGUCGCAAGCCAUGCUGUCGACAAGUUUGAGGUAAUUAUGGAAGACGAUAGUGACGACUUUUCCCUCGAAGACUUGGAGGAGUUUAAGGUCGAGGCAAAACAGAAGAUGGAGAAGAAGACGGCACGAUUUAUGAGUGCGGUACAGCAAUGCGCAUGGAGGUCACGGGUGGAGGAUUUGGGCACGGUUCAGGAGAUCGAAGAGUACAUUACAACAGGUCAGAUUUGGUCGGGUUGUUCAUGGCUGUUCAGGAUCCCCAAGGCAGUUCGGGUCCGAACAGUUGCCAAGUCCAGUUCUGUCGUUUGGUGUUCAUCUAAUGUCGCAACUAAAUCGUCCGAUGUCGCCAGCAAUUCAUCGCCAGUCGCCUCUCGUCCGGAGGAGGAUAUAAACGUCGAGCCACUCCAACUUCCCCUCUCCAAAUUUUCUUCCUCCCCCAUCUCACAACGAGGAUCUCAAUUUGCACCCGCACCUGCACCCACUCUUCUGCACACCUGCACAAAGCCUUCGCAUCGCACAUCGAUCUUCCAACCCACUUACACUCCCCCUCUUCGACCAACUCCUCGACGACCUCACUGUCGACACUUCUGGAUUAGCAUUUUCGCUCAACAACACAACGAUUUCGACAUGUUUAGAGCUCUUCAACACCAUCGCGCCCUGGCCCGCGCAAACGAGCAACAAGAGGCCACUAUCGAGAAACCAAUCCAUCACCCGUACCAGCAGACAGAAGCGCUUCCGUUCCGUCGCAUCACGCUCAGGGACUGCUUCCCACUAGUCAACAACCCUGCCAACGAUCAAAAGCAUGACACAUCCGACAACCUCAUCACAAGCAACACCCUCGACAGGAAUAUCGUGGAGACGAGCAGCAAGAAUUCCUCACCUAUUGUCGAGAACUCCAACUUGGGUCAAGAUGGCCUUGUCGAUCCCCUUACCAGCUCCUUGUCGAAGCUGAAGAUUACCCCAACUCCCACCAGGCCUGGUGAUAACUCCCAAGCCAAUUGGUUGACGGCUAGUCCUUUCAGCAUCCACAACGACACCGACAAACCCUCCAACAAACCCGCAAGCAAGCCGCGGCUAUCACGCCGCGAGCAGAGAAAGCUGGAAAGCAGGAAAUGGAGCAACAAUGCCUUGAUUGACGGAAGAGGCAGACUCGACACUAAGAUGAACAAACUUGGAAAGAUGAGGAAGAGGUUGCACCAUCGGUGCACCUGGGUGAAGAAGCCCUUCUCGCUCCGAGAAUUUGCCCAUAGGGCCGAGCAACCGGUUCCGUUCCUGGUGCUUACGGAUCCGGAGGGAUGCAAGCACUUCUUGGAGGAUCCCAAGAAAGUCGCCGCAUGCCCUACGGCCGAUGUCGGCGCAGCUCAUCAAGAGGGAAGCAAAGCUGGCGCGCCUCUACCAGCACAUAAUGUUGAAUCCGUGACUACCGACGACUACCGCAAUCCAUACCACAGCGUGAACGCGAAUAUGGGAACCGACGAAGCACAAACAACCGAGAACGCAGACAGCCAUGAUAACAUAUAUACACACAUGAAGAAGACCUCCAGCAGGCAUAUCCUAGCUUGUGCUUCUAACAUAUCAAUCACUGACGAGAAGGAUGACGAUACACUCGCUGGGUCCAGAGACUGCCCUGGUGCUGAUUAUUACAGGCAUGAAAGUGCAAGUAUCGCCACAACAACCAUCUCUACAAACUUGAGGAUGUCUCAGUCGACCGACGUUCGACCCAACACUUUGGACACUGGGUAUUUUAGUAAUACUGAACAACCACAAACUGGACUGGAAUACGCACGCCUGGACGAUGGUCUGUGGUAUCGCUUGGAGGAAGAUGGGAGUCUCAGCGAGAUGACCGACCAGGAGUAUAGCGACUUUAUCAGCUGGAGGGUGAACACACUCAUGUCCACCGACGACUCUGUGCCUGAUCCAGGAGUCGACGCCUAUACGGUCGAUACAGCGUAUUUUUUGGAUGACAGAGACUGGUUUUCCGACGCACUGAGUGACGAAGACCUGGAAGUGUUUACAACGGAGGACAUUGAAUAUAUCUAUUCCUUGAGGGAACCCAACAUCAGCGAGGCCACAGAUACUUGCCUGCGCAAUGUUCAGAACGAAGAGCGCCAAUCGCGCCGGACGAGGAAGAAGGACAACUCCUGGGCCAGCCAUAGCCUGGUCGACGAGAACGGCUUCAUCGACACUCGCAAAAGGAGACGCCAGGAAGAGGGACGCAGGCUGCGGGGGCAGUGCAACUGGUUACGUGUACCUGCUUUGCCAACCCUCACCAACUCAUCGGUACCAGACCUGACAUUAACGAGCCCAGAAGGAGAGUCUUACUCCUUACACGAUCCUUUGGACUAUGAAUGA